GUUAGCAGUUGAGAAAAAAAUCAUCUAAAAGAAGCACAGAUUCUUCCAUCCAUCCUAUCAACAAAAAAGGAAUCAAGAGAACAAGAAGGAGAGCGUUUUCCUCUGCAUUUCAUUUAUCUUGAAGAUCAGUCAGAAAAAGAAACUCGGCAUCAUCUGUGACAGACAGUGGAAAGAAAAAUGCCAGUGAAAUGUUGUUUUUACAGGUCACCAACGACAGAAACAAUGGUGUGGUCUGAAAAUAUGGACACACUUUUAACCAACCAAGCUGGUUUGGAUGCUUUUCGAACAUUUCUAAAAUCAGAGUUUAGUGAAGAAAAUGUUGAGUUCUGGCUUGCCUGUGAAGACUUCAAAAAAACAGAAAGUGCAGAAAAAAUUGCUUCUAAAGCCAAGAUGAUUUAUUCUGAAUUCAUUGAAGCUGAUGCCCCUAAAGAGAUCAACAUUGACUUCAGUACCUGGGACCUCAUCUCAAAGAAUAUUGCAGAACCAACUCUCAAAUGUUUUGAUGAGGCUCAGAAGUUAAUCUAUAGUCUUAUGGCCGAGGAUUCUUUUCCUCGAUUUCUAAAGUCAGAGAUUUAUAAGAAACUGGUAAAUAGCAAACAGGUUGGAAAUCAUAAGAAAUGGUUCCCUUUUUUGUAAGAAGGUAAAUGAUAA